CUGACCGAGAACGUUUUACAUAGAAUGAACAAGACUGAUCUGCUAAAGACGCUCUCAAGGACCAGCUCAGGAUUCAACACUGAGAAGAAACUUCAGAAAAAAGAUCCACAACAUCAGGAAUCAACCAUGACAUCGGUCCAUUCACAGCUUUUAGAAACACUGGAAGAAUUAGGUUCAGGGGACCUGGAGAAAUUCAAACAUGCCUUGCUCUACACUAAAAUGAAAGAAGGGCUCCCAAAAAUCCCAAGACACCAAGUGGAGACCGCAGACAAAGAUGAGAUAGUGAAGCUGAUGGUGGAGAUCUAUGGCCAACGCUGUGUGGAGGUGACUGAGGAUAUUUUAGAGAGGAUGAACAGGACUGAUCUGGUCGGAAAGUUGUCAGAAAGCAGCUCAGUAUCUAAAGGGCCUUUUGGUUGUGUGGAGCCUGACGACUGUGGACAAGAAAUGCCGGACUCUGGUCACUGGACCAAACUUGAUCCUGAAGUGAACAGUACUGAUGGAGAUGAGUCUCCUACAUACAGCCUACAGAGUGAAGUAGGAAACGGUUUUGAAUGCAAUGUCUCCGGCAUUCGCUGGAUCUGUAAGGAUAAGGUCAGCUUUCAGUACAAGUUUUGCUCUUGGGAGGAACACAUUGAGAGGAUGGAAAGCUUGAAAUACUUGCCUGCAGGUCCUCUAAUGAACAUCAAAGUCAUUGCUGGAAAGUUUGAUGAAGUGUACCUGCCACACUGGAUCUGCAUAGACGGCAACACUGACAUAUUAGGAGAGUUUGCCGUCCUCCACAUCGAUGACUGUGGUGAUGUUGUGGAACAAGUUUCCGAGGUCACGCCUUGCCAUGUCAAGUUAGCUGAACCAGUUUUCUCGCCAAAGGGGGUUCUGAUCAGAGUUGGUGCGCGUGUGAAAACACGCUGCAGCGUGUUGAUAUUUAACAUCAACAAAGCAUUCCUCAAGCUCAAUGUUUAUCUGAUCCCGUGUGAUCCUGGUCUUCGACAGGAAAUUCUCAAGAUUGAAUCAACCAACGGAAACAAAGAAAUUCGAAAACCACCUGAAAAUAUGCACUUGAGAAUGAAGGAUCGUUUUAUCCUAUCAACCGAUAUGGAUGGUGCAGCAAUUUGUCCCAAAGAAGUCAAGCUCGAAUAUCAAUUCACCGAUCCACCGUACUUUCAAGUACGUAUAAGAAAUCCAGACACAGACUUCACCCUCGAGCUUACAAAAAAAAAAGAGAGUACACCAGUGUGGACCUGCACAAUUGACGAAGAUGAUUACCAAAGCAAUUCCCAUGCACCAGCUGCAAGACCCUCAGCCGGAGCAGCUGGUGUAGAUACCACAUCAGAUGACAAACACUUUGUGGAUAAAUAUGAAUUCCAGCUCACCAACAGAGUGAGCCACAUGGAUCCCAUUCUGGAUCGGCUCCUCGAUAGAGGUGUCCUCCAGCGUGAGGCUUACAAAAUAAUCAGAGCUCUGCCGACCUCUCAGAAGAAGAUGAGAGAGCUCUACUGCGGUUGCCUGCAAGCUGGUGCUGCUAGCAAAGAUAUCUUCUACCAAAUCCUUCUGGAAAAUGAGAAAUUUCUCAUUGAAGACCUCAAUACAAAGCACUAAAUGUUGGGGUGAAAUCUUUUUUAGACCAAAACCAGUUUUUAAUACAUGAAUAAUUGGGAAAUAUUCAUUGCAAUGUUAUGUCUCUAUGUGGGUUUCCUAUUUGACUUUUGACCAGAUUCAGCAAAUAUGAUGAUCAUGCAAAAAUAAUGAACACAAUUUAUAAUUGAAGAGCUCUCCUUUUUUAACCUCAUUAAUUGAUGUGAAUUAAAACCGAAUUAUAUGAAUUCUGCCAAAUGCUAAAA